GGGGAUCGGGACCUAAAACGGUUUUGGGAGCGUCCGGACGGUCGAGAGGUUCCUGCCAUGAGCUUCCUCCUGUUCGCGCUCACUGGGCUCCACAGCCUCGGCCUCCUCCUGCUCUUCAUUGCCACCCUGGGCAAGGCCUGGUGGGUGCUGCCGGACGGGGGGACCCUGAACCUCUGGUACGACUGCGAGUACAUGAACAGCACCCAUGGGUGGGCCUGCACCAGCACCGGGGACAGCCCCUGCCUUCGCGCCACCCGGGCUCUGCUGCCUGCAGCUCUGCUGCUCUCAGCUGCCUCCUUUGGGCUCUUCCUAUGGCAGCUCCGGGGGGGGGCCCGAGGGAGCCUCUUCACCCCCGCGGGGGGGACACAGCUGCUGGCAGCUGUGGCCGCCGCCCUGGGGGCGGGGCUGUACGCGGGGCGGGGCGAGCGCCCCCUGCCGGGCGGCUACGGUCACUGCUUCGGGAUCACGUGGGCGGCGGCGGCGCUGGCGCUGGGCAGCGGCUGCGCGUACCUGCGCCUGCGCAAGGGGGCGUGA